CUUCCGCGGUCUGCUUCUCAGUGACGUUUUUGCGUCAUUCUAUAAAACACGAAAGGCAGGGCUUUCUGGAACAGUUCAGAUGUCCAAAUUGAAAAAAAUCACCGCCUUUUUCUUAAGAGGAUGAAGAAAGUAGAUCCAAAACAAAAUAUGGUGACAUUUUCUGCGUAGCUCCAGGACGGGAUUGAACAACACAUCUCAUCUAGGGAUCUUUAGAGGAUUAUCGGCUGCCUCCUCUACAGGUAAACACCUAAACGGCUUUCGAAGCAGAAGGAUGGAUUUAUAAAUCUGUUUACAAAUAGAUAGAUUUUACACUAUCUUUUGAAGCGUCAAGAUGCCAGUGGACAGAAUGAGAAUGCGCCCCUGGUUGGAGCAACAGAUCGAGAGUGGGCAAAUUCAAGGUCUAGCCUGGGUCAAUGAGGAGAAAAGGAUAUUUCAGAUACCAUGGAUGCAUGCAGCCAGACAUGGAUGGGAUUUAGAAAAGGAUGCACCUUUAUUUAUGAACUGGGCCAUUCACACAGGAAAGUAUCGUCCAGGUAUUGACAAACCAGACCCUAAGACCUGGAAGGCAAAUUUCCGCUGUGCUAUGAAUUCUCUUCCAGAUAUUGAGGAAGUGAAAGAUAAAAGCAUGAAGAGAGGAAGCAAUGCCUUCAGAAUGUACAGAAUGCUUUCCUCAUAUGAAAAAGCUGUUAAGAAAGGGAAGAAAAAGAUGGACCUGGAGCAAAGAGCAAAAAGGGUUUUUCAGAAACGGAAAGCUGGCAUUCCCAGAAAAUAUAAAAUCAAAAAAGAACAAAGUGAAGAGAACUUAAUGGAAGAAACUACACCAGACAGCACUGUGCUAUUUACUGAGCAUGAGCGCUUCCCCGUGCCCAUGUCAUGUGUGAGGGAGAUGGCUGUAGCUGAAAUCCCUGAUGUGUGUGCAGUUGUCGAAGUGGCAACAGAGAAUGCAGAACCUGUGUUUAGCUCCACUGAAGAGUGUCUCCCUCUCCAGGACUCCCAUGUUUCAUCCAACAGUGAGAGUGACACAGAGAGCACAUACAGUGAUGAAGACUUAGUACAGCUUCCCCAGGACUUGUCUUUAAAAGCAUCACAAAGAUCAGCAUGUAAUUCUGUGUUAAGGAUCCAAUCAUCAGCUCAAUCCUCCCCAAACACAUUUUUCAUGUCAACAAAAAUCAAUUUCAAAGUGACCAGCUCCAGAGAGGACUCGCCCCUAUUUGCAUACAACACUCCUCCAUGGUUCCCCUGCCUGUCUAAUUUCCAAAAAGUCACAGGCAAAGAACCCUCGAACACUUCCCCCUCACCAGAUCUCACCAGAAGCCCGACUUCUCAGGCAAGUGUGAUCGCUAAAGCUGUGGACCUCUCUGUUGCAAAACACAAAACACUACAGUGAAGACACUUGAAAUGUACAACCUGCUGCUGUCUAGCUGAUAUACCUACAACCCAUUAUUCAACAUUAAUCAAGUACUCUCAGGUACAAGAUUUCCCUCAAAUAUUUUCUUGUAUUCGUGUUCAGCUUUUAAUACCAAAUCCGUUAUACAAUAAUAUUUCGAAAAUAUUUUGCACACACUACCUCAUUCUCAUAACAGUGUUAAAUAUGUAACUUGUAUAACUACCUCACAAAUGUGACACUUAAUCACAGAAGUUGUCAGUGUAAGCUAGUAAUAAUGCAGCACUGGGAGAAUAUGCUUGUAUUCAUUUUGAAUUGGAGUGACAUUUCAUACUUGUUGACAGCAGAUGUAAUUUAAAUGAAUUAAAUGGAAGCGUUUCUUGGGAAUUCUUAAGGGGAA